AUGGCUGCACUCACUGGUCUCAAGGCUGGCUUGACCAACUAUGGCGACCCCGACUUUGCGCUUUUCCUCCGCAAGGCAUUCAUCAAGGGAGCCGGCUACAGUGACGAUGCACUCGACCGCCGCGUCGUCGGCAUCGCAGACACGCGCUCGGGAUACAACCCCUGCCAUGCAAACAUGCCGGCGCUACUCGAGGCCGUCCAACGAGGCGUAAUGCUGGCCGGUGCACUACCCAUCUCCUUCCCCACCAUAUCGCUGCACGAGAGUUUUGCCUAUCCCACCUCGAUGUUUCUGCGCAACCUGAUGGCCAUGGACACCGAGGAGAUGGUGCGCGCCGCACCCAUGGAUGCCGUUGUGCUUAUCGGGGGAUGCGACAAGACCGUCCCCGCACAGCUCAUGGGCGCAAUUAGCGCCGACGUGCCUGCGAUCCAGCUCGUUGUCGGCCCGAUGGUGACGGGUUCUCAUCGCGGAACUCGAGUCGGCGCAUGCACCGACUGCCGUGGAUAUUGGGCACGGUACCGGGCCGGUGAGAUUGAUCUCGAAGAGAUCGCCGCUGUGGGGAACGAGCUCGUUCCGUCCGCUGGCACAUGCGGUGUGAUGGGCACAGCCUCGACCAUGGCAUGUAUCACUGAGGCGCUGGGAAUCGCGCCCCUCGGGUCCGCGUGCCCACCUGCCAACGGAAGCCAGCGUCUCCGCGUCGCCGAGAUGACAGGCAAGCUCGCUGCGACAGGAAUUCCGCGCCCCAGCGAGGUACUGUCGCGCAAGAGUUUCGAAAACGCCAUCACAGUUCUCCUGGCAAUUGGAGGGAGCACGAACGCUGUUGUACACCUCCUCGCUAUUGCCGGGCGUGUGGCAGGCCUCAAUCUCACUCUGGAUGACUUUGACAUCAUCGGACGUAGGACACCCCUCCUCGUCGAUCUCAAGCCCUCGGGUUCGGCGUACAUGGAGGAUUUCUAUCGCGCUGGUGGUGUCCCGACGCUCCUAAACACUCUUCGGCCACUUCUUCAUCUCGACGCGCUCACCAUCACUGGCCAAACGUUGGGUGCGGCCUUGGAAGCAUUCAAGCCCUUCCCACAAGACAUUGUUCGGCCAUUAUCGGACCCGUUAUAUCCCGCUGCGGCGUUGGUUGUCCUCAGAGGUAACCUCGCUCCCCUUGGAGCCAUCCUCAAGGCCUCGGCAAUGAUGUCCCAUCUGAAAUCGCACAAGGGCCGCGCAUGUGUCUUCACCAGUGCGGACGACAUGCUUGCCCGCAUAGACGACCCCAAUUUGGACGUGGACAAAGACUCAAUUCUGGUAUUACAGAACAUCGGGCCGGUAGGACACCCCGGCAUGCCUGAGGCGGGGUAUACUCCUAUUCCGAAGAAACUCGCGCAGGCCGGCGUGCGCGACAUGCUCCGCAUCAGCGAUGGGCGGAUGAGCGGGACGGCCAGUGGUGCCGUCGUCCUUCACGUUGCGCCCGAGGCUGCUGUCGGUGGACCCCUCGGUGCCGUACGUGAUGGCGAUAUGAUCCACGUCGACGUCGAGGCGCGGCGGCUGCACCUCGACGUCGAGGAGGAUGAGAUCGCGCGUAGGUUGGAGGAGUGGAAGACACAUGUGAAGGGGCGGGGACGCGCGAGGCCUAAGAGGGGGUACAAGGCUCUCUAUGACCAGCGCGUAUUGCAGGCGGACCGCGGGGCCGAUUUCGACUUUUUGACCGCCGAGGGCAGGUAG